CUAGCGUUUAUUUUGGCUCAGCUACUCAUUUGUCUCGCUGUCGACGCCAUUAAAUAACACGGAGGCUAUGUAAACCAUGGAGUGUCGCAUAUUUAUACCAUGAUUCAAGGAGUACAGAGGCUUUGCCAACGUGGGGUUUAUUCUGCGAGAGGUUAAUGUGUCUAUAAAGAUAAACAUGUGAGACACCGAAGAGGUCGAAAUAACUCGGUUUGGGAAAGGUUUGAUAGAGCUGGAGGAGGGGGACUGUACAUAGGGUUUGUUGUGGUUUUCAGUUUCAGCACUUCAGAAACAGGCGCAGCUGCGAAACGUUUAACCAUCCAAAGUGAUCAACAAUGACAGAACAGAAGAUAAAGUGGGCCUGUGACUACUGCACAUAUGAAAACUGGCCAUCUGCAGCCAAAUGCACCAUGUGCCGUGCACAUAAGUCAAGGGGUCCCAUCAUCACAGAGGAGCCUUACAAGAACACGCCUGAUCUGGACCCUAGUCCAGGAUGGGACCCUCCCAGAACUGAGAGUGGUAGCCACCUCCUCAUAUGUCCUGACUCCAGCGCUCGGCCAAGAGUCAGGACAGCCGGGAUGGCUGAGAUUGCCAACAAGUGGUCCUGCCAGAUGUGCACCUACCUGAACUGGCCCCGAGCGCUCCGCUGCACACAGUGCCUGUGUCAGCGGGCGAGGACCAGCAGCCCCACAGAGACCCCCCAGACUUCAGGCUCCAAUGCAGGCUGUCGUCCCGCUCUCCACUCCCCUGUGGAUCCCUGUGAGGAAUACAAUGACAGAAACAGACUCAACACUCAUCAGCAGCACUGGAUAUGUACAGCUUGCACUUACCAGAACUGGCCCACUACUGCAAAGUGUGUGGUGUGUGACAGCCCCAAGCCCAACAACCAGGAAGCCAUAGAGCUGGGCGAGACUGCAGAUCCAACACCUAUGAUCAAUAUCCAGGACAGGGCUCGGUGGAGGGGCAGCUGCAGUGGGGGCCAGGGCCAAAGGAGGUCCCCUCCUCUGCCCAAGAGGGAAGACAAUGUCAAAAUGGACUUCCAGAGGAUAGAGCUUGCAGCUGGAGCCAUGAGCAGCAGAGACGAGCAGGAGGUUGACUUCAAGAAGCUAAAGCAGAUUAGAAACCGAAUGAGGAAAACAGACUGGCUUUUCCUCAAUGCAUGCGCUGGCGUGGUGGAGGGAGACCUGGCAGCCAUAGAAGCCUACAAGUCGUCGGGCGGAGACAUCGCCCGGCAGCUCACUGCAGACGAGGUGCAGCUCCUCAACCGCUCCUCUGCCUUUGAUGUGGGCUUCACGCUGGUGCAUCUGGCCAUCCGCUUCCAGAGGCAGGACAUGCUCGCCAUCCUGCUCACAGAGGUGAACCAGCAGGCGGCGAAGUGCAUCCCGUCCAUGGUGUGUCCCGAGCUGACGGAGCAGAUCCGCAGGGAGAUCGCUGCCUCACUACAUCAACGCAAAGGAGACUUCGCCUGCUACUUCCUCACUGACCCCGUCACCUUCACCCUGCCUGCAGAUAUAGAAGACUUGCCGCCUGCUGUCCAGGAGAAGCUGUUUGAUGAGGUUUUGGAUCGAGAUGUGCAGAAAGGUACCAAAGAUUCUUUCAUUUUUAUAUCUGGUUUCCGUUUUUAUCCCCAAUCUGUAUUUAUUUAAAUUCAGGUCCAUGUG